GUACAGUUGUACUACUUCUACUGCAAGUAUCACAUCACUUGCGCCAAAUCUCAAAGGGAAAAAAAAAAAAAAAAAAAAAAAAAGCGAAAGAGCAUUUAAGACAUAGGAACUUCUGAGAUCCAGAGAAACAGGAAAAAAGGAAGAAAAACAAAAAUCUCCCUCUCUCAAAAGUCAUCAGAGAGAGAAGCAAAAGGAGAAGGAGCUGACCAUUUUGAUUGAAUUAACAAAAGAGAAAAAAAAAUGGGAUGCUCUUUCUCAGGAUUGAAUGCAUUGUAUGACACUGCUAAUGGUGGAGGUGAUGUUUGGAUCAAUGACAAUCGUUUCAGGAUUCUCAAACCAAUUGGUGAAGGUGGAUUUUUGGACAAUGUGUUUGUUGUUAAGGAGAUGAUUUCUGACCCUUCUAAUCCGGGGAUUUCAAAGAAAUUAAAAGACCCUUCUCAUGUAUCUGAUGAUGGAACCUAUGCCAUGAAGAAAGUUGUUAUUGAGAACAAUGAACAGUUAGAGUUGGUGAAAGAGGAGAUCCACGUUUCGUCUCUGUUUAGCCAUCCCAAUCUGCUUCCUCUCUUGGAUCAUGCUAUCAUUUCGGUCAAGGCCACACAAGAUCAGUCUAAGAAGCAGGAGGCUUACUUGUUAUUUCCAGUCCAUUUGGAUGGGACAUUAUUGGAUAGUACCAAAACCAUGAAAGCAAAGGAGGAGUUCUUUUCCAUUUUGGAGGUGCUUCAAAUAUUUCAUCAGCUUUGUGCAGGUCUCAAGCAUAUGCAUAACUUGGAUCCUCCCCAUGCACAUAAUGAUGUCAAACCUGGUAAUGUCCUUUUAGCACAUAGAAAAGGACAGGCACCUAUUGCAAAAUUAAUGGAUUUUGGAAAUGCACGUCCUGCAAGAAGGCAAAUUCGCUCUCGCUCUGAGGCCCUACAGUUGCAGGAAUGGGCAUCUGAGCAUGUUUCAGCACCUUUCCGUGCACCUGAAUUGUGGGAUUGCCCAAGUCAAUGUGAUAUUGAUGAAAGAACUGAUAUCUGGUCAUUAGGUUGUACAUUAUUUGCAAUAAUGUAUGGAGUAUCUCCUUUCGAGUAUGCACUUGAGGAAUCUGAUGAAAGUCCACAAUUGGCUAUUGUAAAUGCACAAAUUAAGUGGCCAACUGAGCCUAAUGCUCCAUAUCCCAACGACCUUAACCAGUUUGUGACAUGGAUGCUUCAGCCUCAAGCGACUGUCCGACCUCGCAUAGAUGAUAUCGUAAUUCAUGUUGACAAGUUGAUUUCAAAGUAUUCCCAUUAAAGUGAUGGAGGGGACAUGUUGGGUUAGUUCACAUAUAUAUGCAUCAUCCAUAUACACAUUACCAUAUUACUGAAACCACCAUAAGUUAUUGUUACCUUAUUUUUCAUUUUUUCUUGUCAAAAUGUGAUAGAAGACUCAGAAUUCAUUACACCUGAGGAAAGAGGUUUUGGCAGUUGUCCAUUAUCUACUUUAAAAAUAACUUAAUGUUGAACAAUCUGUACUUUUGUUCCCGUGUCCAAAGGAAAAUUUUGCCUUGGUUGUUUCUGGAA